AUGAAAAUUUCACAAUUUAAAUUUCUUCCUGAUGGAGGAUUAGAUGAUAAUGGUAAUGCAACCAGUAUUCCAAUUCCACCAGAUCCUCUUGAAAAACCUGGACCUGUUCAUAAUAUUCAACUUUAUUUUUCUAAACGACCCAAUGAUUGUGUUAUGCCAAAUUUGCAUCUUCAAUUGGCAAAAAAUCCAAUUGAUAUCUGGUAUAAAGAUAAAAAACUUGGUAAUCAUUCAAUAAAUACUAUGUUAAGGAAGAUUUGCGAAUCCUGUGGAAUUAAAAUUGAAGGUCGAAAUAUAGUCAACCAUUCAGGCUGUACCACUUUAAUUAUACAUUUAUAUCAACUUGGAAUGCCUAAUUCAACUUUAAUGUCAAUCACUGGACAUAAAAGUAAAAGCUCUGUUGGAAUUUAUUCGCACCCUUCUGAACAACAAAAAAAAGAUUGUUUAUCUGCAAUAAUUAAUUCAAGCAUUAGUAAUAUUAAGAAUGAGCAAAACAUACAAAUUAUUGAACAAAGUGAUCAAGAUGCUACAAACUUGAUUAAUCAUGAUUUUCAAACCCACACACCAUUAUCAAAUAUUCAAAUUAACUCUAUUCCUCCAACUAAUCCUAGUAUAUAUGAUCCUGAAAACCCUCAUCCUAAUUCAUUCAAAAAAAAUACGACACUUGGAGGCCAUCAACUCUUGAAACAAAAAAAGAAAAAAUCACAAAUUAUUAAUAAUUAUUACAUUACGGCUAGUACUGUAAUUCUUAAAUAA